GUUUGUAGUUUACAGAAAUUUCGGAGCAGAUAGACCGUGAUUUGCAGCGAACUCAUCCAGAUUUAGAGUUCUUCUCAGGAGACUCAUCACUAUCUAGGAAGAAUAAGGUAACAUUUUGCUUAUAUCUCUCAACUCCUAAUGUUAACAUUUUCGUCUGUGAUAUUUUUUUCUUUUUGAAUUUAUGUUUUGCUUUACAGGAGUCAAUGAGAAAUAUUCUUCUUUUGUUUGCGAAAUUAAAUCCUGCAAUUAGUUAUGUACAAGGCAUGAAUGAGGUCUUGGCCCCGUUGUACUAUGUCUUCAGCACCGAUAAUGAUGAGCAUACUGCUGCAAAUUUAGAAGCAGAUACUUUUUCCUGUUUUGUUAUACUAAUGAGUAGCUGUGUGGAUCACUUCUGUCAACAAUUUGAUUGUGGUUCUUUUGGUAUCCACUCAACUCUUUCGAAAUUGUCAGAGUUAUUGAAAACUAAUGAUGUGGAAUUGUGGCACCAUCUUGAAUUUAAAACAAAGGUUAACCCGCAAUUCUAUGCAUUUAGGUGGAUCACUCUGCUCCUUACUCAGGAGUUUAGCUUGCAUCACAUCUUAAGGAUCUGGGAUACGCUUCUCAGCAAUCCCUUUGGCCUUCAGGAGAUGCUAUUGAGGAUCUGUUGUGCUAUGCUGAUGUGUGUUAAAAUCAAAAUAAUUAGGGGUGAUUUUGUUGACAGCUUAAAGCUUUUACAACAUUUCCCUGAAGUAGAUGUUGAGCAUCUUCUCCAAGUAGCACAGGGCAUGCAGAACUUGGACACAUCGCUCCAUUCAACCAUGUAGGUAGCUAAUAUACGAUUUGAUACAUUAAAAUCAAACAAUAAUGAUGUUAUUAAACCACAACAAAUGCAACAAUUUAUUCAAACAUUAUACAUUUACAAAAUAA